AUGGCAGGCCCUAACAAGUCCCUGAUCCUUGACCCGGCUCUCCAGAAAUACUAUGAGCUCAACGCCAACCGCUACAAGUACUUCAAGUGGAACUCACGCCAUGCCCUCGUCAACCUGGUCUUCGUCGGCGUGAUUCCCGGCAUUCUGACCUACAUUGCCCUCAAUACUGACGGCAAGUACGACUUGCGCGGCAAACGCAAACAAGAUACCAUCUCUGAGUGGUAG